ACGUGGUAAAAGAGAAAAUAAUAAUAAUAAUUCAUCACCUGAGGAAAGAGAUACGUCGAACUAUUCAGAUCGACGUUCUAAAAGAAGGCGAUCCAUAUCUCCUGAUUCAAGGAGGCCACAACAACUUGAAGGAGACCAUUACAUUCCUAAUUAUGAGAAGGAUGGUUAUACACCUGCUCCAAGAUACGUUGGCAGACCAGGGGAUAUGCGAUUUCCAACACACGGAUUCCCAGUUGGUUUAUCACUUGGAUUUAACGUAGGACCAGCACCACCGAUUAUACCGCCUGGUGGCCCUCUCAUGGCGAUGGAUUGGACAGGUCCUGGAAGGCAAGAACCAUUGAAGGAUCCUGAUCAACUUGACUUUUUAGUGACAUUCAAAUAUUAUGCUGAAUUUCUUCAGAUGUCAAAUCCAAAAACUAGAUUUACCGAUGAUGAUUUACAUAAACGGUACAAUGAUUAUAAAGAAGCUUUUGGCAUUAAACAAUUGAAGACCUUUUUUGAAGCCCAUAAAAAAGAAGAAUGGUUUCUUGAAAAAUAUCAUCCAAAGUAUAUGGAACCAAGGAUUACAGCAACUAAGGAAUUAAAAAAGAAAAACUAUCAGGCAUUUAUCACAGAUUUGAAAAGAGGUCUUUUAGACAAUAUUGUUAAUGAUGUUGAAGAGAAUAAAGAUGAUACAAAGACAGACGAAUCUGCUGUAGACAAAAACGAACAGGAUGAAGAUGCUAAUAGACUUUUUAUAAAGAGUGUUUCACCCAGUAUUUCCAGGCAAAAAAUAGAAGAUAUGUGUAAAGAAAUUCCUGGCUUCAAAUAUCUUGCUUUAUCCGAACCUAAUCCUCAAAAAAAAUUUCAUCGUCUGGGCUGGAUUGUUUUUGAAGAAGGAUCUGACAUGGAUGCAGCGUAUGAAAAACUUAAUGAACAAAAGAUUGAUGAAUUCGUUUUUUAUCUGGCUCGUCACAAAAAUCAAACUGGGCCCGUUCGUAAUCGAACUACUCCAGACGCUGCUAAUACUCUUGAAAGAUUGAAAAAAGAUUCGACAAUGGUCAUAAAACUUUCUGAAAAACUUGAUAAAGAUGUUGAUAAUACAAUGACUGGAAGUCAGCAUAUCAAACAACGACUCGUCUUAAUUGACGAUGGUCGUCGGCGUGAGGAAAUAGAUAAUGUUAAGAGAAUAUUGGAUAUUCAUAUUGAGUACUUGCGCCGGACACAUCUUUUUUGUUACUAUUGUGGUUGUGAGUCAGAUUCCGUGGAGGAACUUAACAGAAAAUGCCCAGGCCGUCAUCUGAGGAGUUUACCCGGAAGUAAUGACGCGAAAUCUGUUGGAAAAUCACUAAAAGAAAAACAAAUUAAUGCUACAACAUGGUUGAAAACUUUAGAUCAUAAAAUUAGCUACAAAACAGAACCAUCGAAAUAUGAGGAUGAAAUUGAGAAACAUGGUGGACUAAAUAUUAAGCAGGUUUUGGAAAAUUUUUACAAUGAAAAUAUUAUUGAAGUUGAACCUGGUCGUAAGUUCAAAUGCAACCUAUGUAGUAAAUUGUUUAAAGGUGCAGAUUUUGUUAAGAAACACAUUGACUACAAACAUCACGCUACUGUCGAGACCACGACGAAUGAUGCGAAAUUUUAUAACAACUACGUUCUCGAUCCAAAUCACCUUCUUCCUACAACUCCACCUAACCCCACCGCUGCGCUUGUCCCUCAAAGCGUUGCCCCCCUUCCACCUAACCCAUUCCCGGUUAUGGCUAAUGCACCACCACCUCCAUUCAUGAAUUUCAGUUUUCCUAUUAUGGGCGCGGCUGCCGGAACACCUCAUGAUCAAAUUCCAAGGAUUGGAUUUGAUGGGAGAGAUGACAGUCGAGAGCGCGGUUCCAGACAAAAUUCGGAUACAAGAAGGCAAUCAUCUAGACCUAAUGAUCUUAAUGCGGGUUCUGAUCCUCGCCAGGUGAAAUCUUACGUGGAUCUGGACGCACCUGCUGAAGGCGAUAUUGAAAUUAAAUAUUGA